GUUUGUGAUCUAUGACGUCACAGCGUGUUGUUUGAAUGACGGAAGGGAGUAAUAACAGAAAUGGGUCCAUUCUUCUUGUUCUUCUUGUUUUAAUGGAUUCAAAGUGUCGCUAGGUUGGCUACUUGUGAGCCGAAUUGAGCAGAACAACCUCCAGAUUGCAUCGAGUCGUUGCAGUGACACCGGAUCUGACUGCAGCUCUGUGAACUCUAACGCCGUGUAUCUCUCGCAGUGAAGGCUGAAACGAUGCAACAGCAGGAGCAGGUACAAUGGGAUGAUGUGAAUAAACUCCUGCAGCAUCAUGGUUUUAAGCCGGUGCAUUUUGCUGAUCCCGUAGAGAAUAAGAAUCUUUCAGAUUUGAUUCUGCUGGACAAGAAGUCAGCUGGUGAGAUCAGGACGACUCUGAGGACGAUGCUCACCGACUCGGAGAGAAGACAGGCCCUAAUCCAGGAGCUCGUCAAGUCCAACAACCAACUCAAAGAGGAGGUUCAUGAGCACACCAGUCGAUCAGCUCAGCAGUCUCAGAGGACCGCAGAGCUGGAGGGGCUGCUGGACGUGGUGAGGACCAAAGUCCAGGACCUGGAGGACCGCUGCCUCGACAAGGCUGUCCAACAGCACAGCCACACACAUCAACUGCAGCAGGAAAGACAGGACGCACAGGACCGGUGUCAGGUUCUGGAGCAGAAGCUGUCUAAACAGACGGAAGAAGCAGCUCAACUUGAGAGGAAACUCUAUUUCACCAUCAAAGAAGAAGAGCGACGAUUAGCUCGACAGAGUCGCACCUUCCAGCACAUCUGCAACAAAGUCAGCCAGCAGAACUCCCCAGCAGACCAGCAGGUGUUGGAUGUGAUUGACUUCUAUGAGACCAAACUGACUCAGCUGCUGGAGGAGCUCAGAUCAGUCAAAGGAGAACCAGAAGGAUCUCCAGUGGCUCAUCAGACAGGAAUCAGCAACGUUACUCCAUCUUUCAAAACCAUUCUCAAGGCAUACCAGGAACAGCAAAAGGGAAGCAAGAUUCAAAUAGAAGAGCUAAAGAGGGAGGUUGAGCGCCUGAAGCGAGAGUUGGAGACCAGGCCGACACUCAAAGAAGUGAAGUUCUACAAACACAAACUCCGCCGUUUGGAGGGUUCAAACAAGCACAAUAACACAAGAUUGCCUGAAGAAGACAACAGAACUGAGAUCAGUGAGAACAUCAGUGACCAAGCCAGGGAGGCCAGUCUUUAUGACCACUAUCGCCAUCUGUUGAAUGAGAUCAGUGCUGUUGUGACCGAUCCCAACGCUCCGUUACGACUGCACAGACAGAAACCCUCCUCUGCUGACUUUCACACUGUCCUCCCCACACUGGAGAGCUGGGCCCAGCAGCUCCACCUGCUGAAGGAUCUGCAAAGGGCUUUAAAUAAACUGUCUGUCAGACUGAUGCCGUGGCAGCCAUCUGAUGGUGGCCAUAAUGCUGCAGAAGCAGUGAAGGUGGAGGACAUGAUGUUGCUGGUGGACACACUGCUGGAAAACACCUCCACUGAUGAGGAGAAGGUGCUCAGGAGUCCCACUCGGUACACUCUGGGCUCCAUGGUGUCUCACUUCCAGAGGCUGUUUGACGUCACCUCCCUCAGCGGAGUGUACCCGCGUAUGAACGAGGUCUACACCAGGCUGGGAGAGAUGACCAACACCAUGAGGAACCUCCGAGAUGUUCUGGAGCUCGACAGCAGGGUUCCUCCUGCUGAGCUGGUGAACCAGGUGGCCAGACUGGUGUCCUCCACUGAGCACACUGCUGGAUUCCACAGUCUGCUGGGAGAUGCUGAUAUUGACAGUAUCAUCGUCAAAGUGAAGCAGCAUGAGGAGUUCUUUCCUGCUUUCCACGCCCUCAUCAUGGACAUUUUACACACUCUGGGAGUGAGUCACCUGGACGACAUCCUUCCAGCUCUGAAGUCUUUGAAACAAACCGCUCAAUGAGGUGCUGCUUUAACUGAUCUGAGUGCGGUGUUUUGGUCACUGUAAUGAUUGUGAAGUGUGAUUUUAGUUUUUGAAUAAAAACAGAAUAUUUGAUAAA